GCCGACAUGAUGCUCAAGAAGGGGGCGGCCGAAGUGGAUGCGGGUCACGUGAAGGCCAAGCAAGAAGCCAUGAUGAUGCGAACGGAGACCACUACCUACAGGAACUGUUUGCAGAAUAUGGUUUUGUCGAGCACCUUCGACAUGGUCAUGGCAGCAGCCAUCCUUACGAACACCGUCUUCAUUGGUGUGGAGGUACAGUGGUCCAUCUCCAACCCCGGCAUGCAGCAUCUCGCGUUUCAGGUGAUUCGGGAUGUGUACACCCUCAUAUUUACA